AUGACGCGCGUCAAUCCUGAUUUCCCUGUGCCAGCAGGCAGCCAGACAGUACAAGUCCGUAUCAUUGACUCCACAUCGAGGAUUGAUAACCUGGAAUUGAGCUUUUUGAUGGAACCAGCUAUUAAUGGCUUUAAGUACAUGCCAACUAUGCCAUCUUGGUCAUUCCUCAUCGAGCAUCCUUCAGGCGAAAAGGCACUAUUCGAUCUAGGAGUCCCGAAAUCAUGGAAAUCUUUCCCCCCUGGCGCCGUGGGGCAUAUCGAUGGUCUCGGCUGGGAUAUCAGAGUCGACAAGGAGGUCAUCGAUAUCUUGUCGGGGGAUGGAGUGCAGCCAGAAGAGAUAUCCAGCAUUAUCUGGAGUCACUGGCAUUGGGAUCAUACCGGAGAUCCAUCCAGGUUCCCGGCAAGUACGGAGCUGGUGGUUGGCCCAGGGUUCAAAGAUGCAUUCUUGCCUGCAUAUCCUGAAGGGCAAAAUUCCCCCAUUCGACAGAUCGAUAUCAGUGGAAGGUCUUUGCGUGAGAUAGACUUCGAAAAGGAGAGUGUUCAACUUGGCCGCUUCCGGGGAUUUGACUUCUUUGGUGAUGGCUCAUUCUAUGUUCUCGAUACACCUGGCCAUGCAGUUGGACAUCUAGCUGCCCUCGCACGAACUACUGUCGAUCCCGACACCUUCAUCUUCAUGGGCGGCGACCUCUGCCACCACAGCGGUGAAAUCAGGCCGUCCAAGCAUCUUCGCAUUCCCAAGGAAGUAACCAUAGAUACACCACGAGCCGCACUACCCUGUCCUGGGGCUAUUUACGAACAGCUGCAAAUACAGCGACAAAGGGCUCCGGACGAGCCGUUUUUUGAGCCCACCAUGGGUCUCGAUAUACCUGAGACCAUCGAGACGAUUAAGAAAACACAGGACGCAGACAAAGAGGACAAUGUGUGGUUUAUAUAUGCCCAUGAUCCAAAGUUACACGGGGUGGUUGAUCUCUUCCCUCAGUCUGCCAAUGACUGGAAAAUAAAGAAUUGGCGAGACGAAACAUUAUGGGCUUUCUUGCAAGACUUUGAAGCGGCUGUCGGCAGAUAG